AUGACAAAUACAGAUUUGGGAGGUAUUAGCAGAAGUACACUGAAUGAAGCCCAGGCUGUGGGCCAGAUCAGUCAGGGCAAGUGGGCGAGUGAGGAGAGGUUGCAGACAGCCCAGAGGAAAUACCCACAGUCCUGCUGGGGCAGCCUAAGCCUUGAUGAGGACUGGAAAGAGAAGAAAAUCAUGGCCCUUUCAUCUGCCAGCAGCACAGUAGUCGGGAAUGACUCUGACACUCGCGUGGCAGGCUGCCUCCUCACUGGCAUCCCUGGGCUGGAUCACCUGCACAUCUGGCUCUCCAUCCGCUUCUGCACCAUGUAUGAAGUUGCCCUGGCAGGCAACAGCAUUUUAAUUUGUGUCAUCCUCUCCCAGCCAGGUCUGCAUGAGCCCAUGUACGUAUUCUUGGCCAUGCUGGCCAGUGCUGAUAUCUUGCUCUCCACUUCCACAAUGCCCAAAGCACUGGCCAACUUCUGGCUAGGUUCUAGCCACAUUUCCUUUGAUAGCUGUCUCACCCAGAUGUUCUUCAUCCACUUUCUCUUCGUGGCUGACUCUGCUGUCCUGCUGGCCAUGGCCUUUGACUGAUUUGUGGCCAUCUGCUUCCCGCUGAGAUACACCACAGUCCUCACGAGCUUGGUCAUUGGGAAGAUCGUGGCUGCCGCCCUGAUCCGCAGCUUCAUCAUCAUGUUUCUGUCCAUCUUUCUUCUCAAGCACCUGCACUACUGCCGGAUCAACAUCAUUGCACACACCUGCGAGCACAUGGGCAUCGCCCAUCUGUCCUGUUCCGAUAUCUCCAUCAAUGUCUGGUAUGGGUUGGCAGCUGCUCUACUUUCCACAGGCCUGGACAUUAUUCUUAUCACUGUCUACAUUCAUAUCCUCCGAGCCGUCUUCCGCCUCCCUUCUUGCAAUGGCCGGUCCAAGGCCCUGAGCACCUGUGGCUCUCAUGUCUGUGUCAUCCUGCUCCUCUGCAUCCCUGCCCUCUUCUCUGUCUUUGCCUACAGGUUUGGUGGGAGACACAUCCCACACUAUGUCCACAUCCUCCUGGCCAACCUCUAUGUGGUCAUCCUACCUAUGCUCAAUCCCAUUAUUCAUGGAGUGAGGACCAACCAGAUUUGGGAAGGGGCUAAACAUGUUUUCCCAUAUUUCCCAGGAAUCUAA